AAAAGCUAGUUACUUGCCUCACCGUCUUUUUGAGAAUCCCACUCAGUUCAGCCUCCUCCUUUUUAUUUUGUUUUUUCUCAGAGAAACCCCAGAUCUGGGUGCUUUCUGAAGCUCAAUGGCGUCGAAGCUCGUCAUCCUCAUCGUCUUCGUCCUCGAUCUGAUCGCCUUCGGCCUCGCCGUCGCCGCAGAGGAGCGGAGGAGCAAGGCGAAGGUGGUUCCCGAUCAGGAGAAGAACUACACCUACUGCGUUUACAACUCGGAUAUUGCGACUGGCUACGGCGUUGGGGCGUUCCUGUUCUUGAUGGUUAGUCAGAUCCUUGUGAUGGCGGUCAGCAAGUGUUUCUGUUGCGGUCGAGCCCUUCGCGCCGGUGGAUCUCGUGCCUGCGCUCUCGUCCUCUUUCUACUCUGCUGGUUGUCGUUUUUAAUUGCGGAGGCGUGCUUGCUUGCUGGAUCGGUUCAGAAUGCAUACCACACUCGAUACAGGACUCUUUUUGUGGAUGAUCCUCCAUCCUGCCAGACCCUGAGAAAGGGAGUAUUUGCUGCUGGUGCUGCCUUUGCCUUCUUCACUGCCAUCCUUUCUGAGUUCUACUACAUUUCAUUCUCCAAAGCCAACAAUGCUGGAUACGGCAGGGAAUCUGCAGUUGGGAUGAGCCCUUAUAGCUAGAAACAUGGUUUCACAUUAGCAUCAUUCUAUUUUGCUCUUAUAGAUCAAAAUUUUAACUAAUGGGAUCAGUACGCAGUAUUUCUAGUUUGUUCUCCGUAGACGCAUGUACCCAUAGAUGCAUGUAUUCAGCACAUCAUGCUACAUGAGACGGUAUGUACAUUUUGGAGUGUGUUGGCUUUUGAAAAGUAUGGUUCUGUUUGUUAC